UCAUGUGAUCCCUUCAAAAUCUUCUUUUUCCUUGAUGAUAUCAUGGAUCUCAACACUCUUUUCUCCUCAAUCCCUCCCUCACUUUCACACUCUUCUUCUCCAUCUUCCUAAACCCAUUUCUCUUUCUCUCUGCUCUCUCUUAAAUUUGCUGCAGAUUUAGCUCCACAAUUUAUCAUCUGGUCUGAUCUCUGCUAUCAGCCAUGGCUCCUGAAAAGACCACUGUGAUGUUCCUGACUGUUGAUCUCAAGUGCUCCAGCUGCUACAAGAAGGUCAAAAAAGUCAUUUGCAAAAUUCCUCAAAUCAGAGACCAAAUAUACAAUGAGGAGGAGAAUAAGGUGAGGAUCACAGUGGUUUGCUGUAGCCCUGAGAAGAUCCGUGACAAAUUGUGCUAUAAGGGAGGUGGUGUGAUUAAGAGUAUUGAGAUUGUAGAUCCUCCCAAGCCACCAAAACCUGCUGAAAAGCCCAAAGAGGCUCCCAAGGCUGAAAAGCCCAAAGAAGCUCCAAAGGCCGAUAAGCCCAAAGAAGCUCCCAAGGCUGAAAAGCCCAAAGAAGCUCCCAAGGCCGAUAAGCCCAAAGAAGCUCCCAAGGCCGAUAAGCCCAAAGAAGCUCCCAAGCCCGAAGCUGAAAAGUCCAAGGAUGCCAAGAAGUCUGAGAAGCCCAAAGGUCCUCCGGCACCGGAGCCGGUACCGGUGCCGAUGAAGCAACCGGAGCCAAUAUCAAAUGUACCGGCUCCCGGGCAAGUGACGGUGAUGCCGGUUACUCACGGAUUUCCACCACCGAUGUACUGUUACGAGCCAAGUUAUGAAUGGUAUGGAACACCGGUUGCACCACCACCACCACUACCACCACCCCGGCCGUGCUAUGAAAAUUAUCCAAAUUUGUGUCGUUGUGGACAGGCUAGAGGUUAUUAUGGGGGGUGCAGAUGCGAUUACACGUACUUUAGUGAAGAAAAUACAUCUGGGUGCACAAUCAUGUAACAAUAAUAAUAAUACUUAUGGGUCAUGAUCAUUGGGUUUAAGUGCCUAACUUUUUGUUCCUUUCUCAAGUCCGGCGAAACGCACAAGUGUCUCUAUUGUAUUAUCUUUUUCAUAAAAAUAAGGUUAGUGGCCAGGUUGUUGCCUGAGUCGUAUACUCGUAUUGCAUAUAUACUGUAUAUUUAAAUUGGUUUCAAUUCUUUGUUAAAUUAAUAAAAGCCUGCAUUAAUCAUUGA